AUGGCCCCCAACCGGACCACAGGCAGCCAGCAGGAGAGUGAAGCAAAGAGCAUCUCCUGCCCACUGCCUGCCCUGUACCGUGGCCAUGCGGAUCCGGGGGCGGCCACUGUCCCUCGGCUGCGCAGCAGGGAUCCUCCAACUUUUCUCAGCCACAGGCAGCAUCUUGGACUCUGCCCGGCAGCUGAUGAACAGCGGCAAGAACUUCUCAAGGGCGGAGGUGGGGCUGAGCUGGUCCGAGGCCCUGCCGUACUGCCGGCCGCACCACACGGACCUGGCCGAUCUGCAGAGCAUGAACAGCGUGCGCGGCAUGAGCACCCUUUACUCGCUCACCAGCAGCACCCAGGCGUGGAUCGGCCUCGUCUUCGACGUGCGCAUCCAGGGCCUGAGCUGGUCCAGCGGCUCCACCUUCACGGCCCCGGUGUGGAGCUCGCUGCCCGUCUUCAAGGAGGGGGUCUGUGCCACCCUGUAGUCCAUCUCCAUUUUCCCCAGCCUGGGGGCCGCCUCGUGCACGGCGCAGAAGCCCUUCAUCUGCUACUACGACCCUGCUGUGGGUCACCGCAUCUUCACGGAGCCUGCUCUCAGUCCGACCACCUUUCCAAAGCCAGCCGUGGUCCCGGUGGGCCGACAGACCUUCCUGCGACUUGCGCAGCAGGUGACGUGGCAGGCAGCCCGGAGGUAGUGCCACAAGCUCCACACGGACCUGGCCGACCUGCAGCUGGUGACCGACGAAGCGGGCGAGGAGGCCUUGAAGUCCAUCACCAGCGAGACCGAGGCCUGGGUUGGCCUCUACUUCAACGCGGCCUCCGGGGCCCUGAGCUGGUCGAGCGGCCUGGGCUCCAGCAUCCCGCCCUGGCUUCAGACCCCACCAUUGGGCACUGGGAGUCUGCUGCUCUCUCUCCAGCCUUUCACGCUCCCUCCUCAGAAGUGACUGUGGAGCCAACGCUCAGGCCAACUCCAGAGCCAGGAGGCUCCAGAGAGGCUGUGUGGCUCCCCGCACAGUGAUGAGGCCCAGCCUGGGAGACUGAGGGGAAGAUGCUGGGCGGUGCUCCCCAGAAGUCAUCAGAGGCCUUUGAGGUUUGGCAUCUAGAGAGGGAAGCGCAAGAGAGGUGCCUGUUGAAUCCCUUGUGAUUUUGGGCUCUUCUGGGUGGAGAGAAGAUGCGGGAUGAGUUGUUGGGACUAUGGGGGGACAUGUUGGGAAUGACAGUGAUUGCAUUCCAUUCCUAUAGCAUUUUUAAAUUCCGGAAACAUCUUCACAGCUAUUACCUCAUUUUGCUUCCCAAGAGUUCUAAAGCUAAGUAGGGUAAUUGAGGGUAAAACAGUUCUCCUGGCGUCGUUCCAGAUCCGUCCAUCUGACAAAGGCAUUAUUGACUUUGCUGAGGACACAGAGAAGUUAGGGGAUUUAUAUUCUGGGGACACAAAGUAAAAUCAGGGGCCCCUCUGAAGGAGUCCAAGGCCGCAACAGUUGGUGUUCCGUGAAUAGGCACAGGCAUGGUGGGGACAUAGGAGGGGAGUCCCAGUCCCUGUGAUGAUCUGGAUUUCCUGGAGGAGGUGACUCUGUACCUGUUUAGGACCACGAGGAGGAGUUAGCUCACAAAGGGGAGUGGGGGACUGAUUGCAGGUGGAGUGGGGUGCUUAAUGCUGAGUGGGGACACCCUGGUCCUGCAGGGGAACCCUCUGUGAGCUGCAAAGGAACGUGGCCUCACCCUGAAGGCAACAGCGCCAGGGCUGGGCCAGUGGUCAGAUUUGGCUCAGAAACUGGGUGAAAUCCUGUCAUCUGCUUCCCAUCUAAGGUCUCGCGUGGCCCCUGCCUGGCUGACCCGGGCCCGACCGGGCGGGCAGGGCCAGGCGUGGAAGAACUGGACGGCCGCGGUAGGGCCC